GGAGAGAGGCACACGUUUUCAUCCAAACCUCUGUUUUUCCACAGCCUAUCGCUUUGUGGCUCAGCUCAGUUCCCUAUUGUUUAAUCUCUUAGAACAGACAGGGGGAAAAACCCGCUCCGCUUGUUUAUAAACGGAUGCAGUGAGACAUUUUUUUUAAAAAUCUGAUGCUCGGUGUUCUUGGCUCUGAAUGCUGCAUCCUUUGUCAACUUCUCCGAUUUCUCCACUUCGACUUGAGCUGCAUCAUGAAUAGUUUGGGGACAUCUUUCCAUCGUAUACCUCUGGAAUGCUCGGGAUUACACGGCCGAAACCAGGAGAGCAUGUAAACGCAGAUGGAGUUUGGGAUUUAUUGCAAAAUAAGGGAAAGAUGACCGUCUUCUCGUUGUGCUUGCUCCUGUGCGCAGAUCUGCUGGAUUUAGCCGUCGGAUAUUUGACAGUUACCAUAGAGCCACUGCCUCCUGUUGUUGUCGGUGAGACUGUAACCCUCAAAUGUAACUUCAAAACCGAUGGAAGGCUGAGAGAGAUUGUUUGGUACAGGGUCACAGAUGGAGGUACAAUCAAGCAGAAAAUCUUCACCUAUGAUGCCAUGUUUAAUACAAAUUACUCUCAUAUGGAAGACUACCGCAGGCGUGAAGAUCUUGUGUAUCAAUCAACCGUCCGGCUCCCAGAGGUACGGAUCUCAGACAAUGGGCCUUAUGAAUGCCAUGUGGGCAUAUAUGACCGGGCAACGAGGGAGAAGGUUGUCCUGGCUUCAGGAAAUGUUUUUCUUACAGUUAUGUCUCCUCCAAACAACAUAUCAGUGCUGGCUGAGAACACUCCAGCCCCCUUCAGUCGAUACCAAGCUCAGAAUUUUACUCUUGUCUGCACAGCAAAAGGAGGAAAACCAGCCCCAUCGGUGUACUUUAAGCGUGAUGGUGAGCUGAUAGAGGUGAUUUCCUACACUGAGCCCUCCACCAGCGAGCGAGCAGCCGGCUCAGCAGGAUGGAGAGGAGCCAGGCCACUCAUCAGCAGGGACCUUGAUGAGACCAAACUGCAGCGUUCCCUCUCCCUUCUCGAUCCGGAAGGCCGGUCGGCCCGUCUGUACACAGAGAGCCCUCAGCGCGUCCACACUCAGGGCCAACAGGCCUAUGAACCCAGCCCUGCAACAGAGGUCAUUCCAGAGACAGUGGUGAGCCGAGAGUUCCCCCGCUGGGUGCACAGCACGGACCCUCUGUACUACUUUAGUCACACUCAGAUCCCUCAGAGCGACGGCUCUGUUGUGGUACAGGCUCGACUUACCUGGACCCUCAACCCUCAGCUGGAUAACGAUGCCCUAUUCAGCUGUGAAGUUAAGCACCCAGCAUUAUCCAUGCCCAUGCAGACAGAGGUCACUCUGGCUGCUCCUAAGGGUCCUAAACUCUUCAUGACCCCCACUAGGGCAAAGGUUGGGGAUACAGUGCGCAUCUCUGUACAAGGAUUCCAGAAUGAAGUAUUUCCUGAGCCACUCUUCACCUGGACACGGGUGGGAGGCCGCCUACUGGAUGGCAGUGCCGAGCGUGAGGGGAGAGAGCUGAUUCUGGAGAGAGUGCCGGCAGAGCUCAACGGCUCUAUGUAUCGCUGCACUGCCCAGAAUCCUUUGGGUUCUACAGACACACACACUCGUCUCAUAGUUUUUGAAAAUCCAAGCAUGAUGAAAAACACGCAGAAUCCGAACAAUGAAGCCACUCGCACAGAAAAGUGUGGACUGACGUGGCUUGCACUUGUUCUCACAGUUACAGUGGGACUGACGUGAAACGGCUUUUCCAAGAUGUUCUCCCUCACAGAUAUAGACACACAUUUUGGCUAUACAAAACACAACAUCUGAAUAUGCACACAGAAAAACAUACAUACAGUACAAAGACCUUCCACAAUCCUGCAAGCCUACUCCAGUCAUCAACAGACCCUCUGGUCAUCUGUCACACAAGAAACAGUGCCACCACGUGAUGGUACUUUGUUUUAUAACAAAAUUAUAUUCAAGAUAAUAUAAAAAGAACAACGUGAUGAACUUCACAGUUACCACCUCCUAUAUAUUCCCUCCUAUUACUUUUUUUGUUCCUUGUCCCAAGUCUGCCUGUUGAUAAAAAUAAAAAAAAAUCAGAUGAUUUAAAACAGAAGAAAAAAAGCAUUUGGAUUUUAUUUUCAUGAGUCACAAUAUUAUUGGUGUUUUGUGAAAUGUGGACAAAUGGAACUGGCUUUGACUGCACCAUCCUAUCAACCACUCCCAUCUGUUACAUGUCCUGGAAUGGACAAGAUUAGCAACAAGCUGAAAUAUGAUGGGAGAACAGACCUCCAGAUGCUCCGAUUGAACUUUCAUUUAUAUAUAUAUAUAUAUAUAUAUAUAUAUAUAUAUAUAUACUUUUUCUUUCUGAUGGCUUGGAAUGUACAUGAAGAUUUAAAUGCAUUGAGAAAACUGGAGAAAUCUCUUUUUUGAGUGUAUUUUGUGUACUACAGUGUAAAUACUGAAAAAUAAUUAAAGAAGUUAUAUGGGUCACGGUGAGGAAUGGGUGCUGAGAUUGUUGGAGUUUAUGCUUCUCCACCUUUGUUUGUACUUCAUUCAACUUUCAGAUAUAAUUCUUGAUUGAGAGGAAGGAAUGAACAUUAUUUCUGUUUGUCACUUAGGCUUUUUAUAAGAAUUUGGCUGUUCUUCAAAGGACAGAGAAAAAAAACAAACAAAAAAAAAAACAUUUGUCUGCUGUUUUGGGGUUGUGGUGCAUGUGACUUUUGAAGAUUCUUUCUCCUUUUCAUGUGUUGCAAGCGACAGCACCGCAGCUCUUUGUCACUAGCCUGUAACCCAGCUAUUUACUUGUGACCUACAUUGUGUAAAAUGCGUAACUCUUCCCCAGACAUUACCAGUACAAGUAGGAUCAUUUUAGCCGCCAUUCCAGGGAGGAGCUCACAAGAGGCAGCUUGUGUAAACAGGGUUGUUGCAUUUGUUUCAUUUCACCUGUAUUAAAAUGGAGAGAUGAUAAAACUCACAAGCCUUGGCUUUACUUACAAUUAAGCAAGAGUUUGACAUUUUUCUCAUACACAUGUUGCAUUCUAUACUUGAAAGGUUGCAGAAAUUGCUGAUGUCCUGUUGUUAAUAAUCCUACAAAAUUAGACCAUGUAAAUGCAUUGUUUUAAUUUUUGCUUUCAUGGGGAAAAAAAUCUAUGAAAAUAAUUUUCCAUAUUUUUAGAACUGAUCUUAUGUUUUACUAUAUGAAAUUCUCAUAUGUUUUCUUUAUGCUUUACAGUUCAUAAUUGACUAAAUGAAUUGCUUAGUGAGACAGGUCUUUGUCAUAUUUUUAAAGUUCCAUACUGCUGAUUUCUGGAGUUUAUGCCUAUGUAGCACAGGUAAUUGGGAGUAUUAUAUGAAGUUGAUGUUUUUUAGCUUUGUAUCAUGCUACAAUGUUAUUCUCCCAUUGAAAGCAUAAUUACGUCAUGCAUAUUUAUGAAUCUUUGAAUCUCCUGUGUUGGCCAUUCAGGGAUGCUUGCUCAUACAAAGCGCCGCCUAUUUCUACACGACGACUCUAUGGAGCUGAAAUCUCCAGCCAAACCUCCGCCUCAGAGAUCACCCCUCCCCAAUGCCUUCCCCACAGAGUUCCACCAGACUAGCAGCAGCAAUUAGUAAACACCUGGUGGCGAGUCUGCUGAGCUCAUCAUACAAACUACUUUUCAGUCCAACUCUCUUAAGGACAGUAGCAAGUGGCGUAGUGAAGGAGAAUUGUUGUGAAGACUUACUGAAGGUGGAGUGUCAGAAAGAUCAGGGGCUUCAGACACAGAGGCCAAAUAUCAAGAUGUCAAAUUUCUUUGAAGUUAUUUUUCAU